UUGCUAUUCUCUAUCGGAAUCCACUUUUUUUUUCUUUAGAUUCUUGCUCUAAUUUCUUUUGUCAUCCUGCGCUGGAGAAACGCAGGUUUCUCAGUAAAAGAUUGUGAAACCAGACUUGCUACAAAAAUGCAAAAUUUUGUCCCCUGAAAAUGGUAUUGUCUUUACAGAUGUAGAAAAAUAAGUUUAGCAGGUAUAUAAUCAUGGUCAUUCUGAAAUAUUUAAAAAGUCAGCCAUAUUCUUAGAAAUAAAUUGGCUUUAUUAAAAUGAAUCCUAGGCUUCCAGUUGUUUGUCAGCUUGAUUUUUUUUCGUAGCUAUAGAGUGAGAUUACCAUUUGCAUCGUGUUUCAUAUCACAGUAUCUUACAUAUACAUGCAAAUGUGCAUCCAUACUUUAUUUGCUCUUCAAGAGUUCAUUAUCUGUGUUGGGGGAUGGAAAAACUGCCUGUUCCAUCUUCCCUAGUCCCUACCUGAUUUGUGGUUUUUGCAUGGUCCUUGCCUGGUGAUUGGGAAGUUCCUCCCUUCCUGCACAGCAGCCGCUUUUCAGCCGCCUUGUAAACCACAGGAAGGCUGGAAACAGCCUUGGCUUUCAUUUCCUGUUUCUUCCAUGGUUAUUUUUAUGAGGAGUUCAGGGAGCUGCUUAUAGAGCUGCUGAUCAAGCAGAUAUUCAAACCAGGUAUUUUGAUGGAUAUGUGAAAAUUGCAUUUUGAGUAAAAUUGUUAAUAUGCAGAGGAGCAAAGUGUGAACUAUUGAAAUAAAGCAGGUUGUAAAGCUCUUCAUAGUAAGGCUGAAAUUUGAACUUGAGUUAUCAAAAUUAAUAGCAGACAGCUUCCUUCAACAGAUGUUGAAUUAAUUAAUAAAUUGAUUAUUAAAUUAAUAAGCCCUCAGUUAAAAACAAAUACCUGGGAGUAAUUAUGUAUUGGGCUUAGAGAAUCAAGUAUGGUCAAGGGCUACUUUUAGGUAGCUAUUAAACAGCCUUAAAAGGUAGAGGUUCCCUGGAGCUGGCUCUUUUCAUGGCAUGGUUUACACCAAACAUACUAAAGUAAUUGAUGGAAAAGAUCAGCAUCUUAAAAAAUAGUUGGCUGAAUAGCUGAUUGAUAGAUUAAAGAAAUCUGUAUUCUUGGGCUGAAUCUCUGUUGUUUGGGCAUACAUAAAACACUGUGUGCUACUUGCUAUUUUUUAUUUACAUGCAGUCUUCAUAUAAUGAAAAUGUUAACUUAAAGGUGUUUUAAUUUUUUAUUGUUUAUUAGGUGAAAAUAUUGCUUCCAUGGUUUUUUAGCAAUUAGUACUUUAAAAUAGUAGGGUAAAACUUGGUAUUUGUUUUGAAAGAAGUAUUCCCCUAUGUACAUGCUGCAUUUGACAUUCAUAACAUUGGAAUACAUAAUUAUUUUUGUAAUUCUCUUUUGUAACUUGAGGAAGAAGAGAGCUGUACUCCUGGAAGAUGAAGAUUCUUUGGGGAAUUCAUGCUAAUGCGCUGGCAUAUUCCAUGACUACCUUAGGUGCUGGAAUGAUGAACAGCAUUUUUAAUUUCUACUAUGUUAAGCUUUUCCUAAACCGAUACAAAAUUUCAGAAAGCGCAUUUCAUAUAGCACAGGUUGUGUUUAUGAUCUGGAAUGCCAUCAAUGAUCCCCUUUUUGGGUACAUUCAAGACAACUCCAGGCUGAAGUGCUGCGCAAGGCGCCAGUUCUCGAUUUUAUAUGGAGCCCCUUUGUACGGCUUGGCGUUCCUGCUGCCGUGGUUCCCCUGGAGGCACUAUGAGGAGGGGGACUGGCUGAGCGGCCUCCACCUCAUCGUCGCGCUGUGCGCCUUCGACGGCCUGCUGACCUUUGUGCUCCUGGCGCAGUGCGCGCUCUUCGCUGAGAGCUCCACCAGGCACGAGAGCAGGCUCCAGCUCAUCAAGUACAACCAAGUGGCAACGUUAAUCGGCUCCACAAGUGUUCUCUUUUGUGGGCUCAUAUCGGAUAAUAUGGAAAACUUUCCUUAUUUUCAAGCUUUCGCUGUUUUGAUAGCAAUGCUAGCGACAGCUUGUAUGUGUUGCACAGGUAAAUACAGCACAAGUCAAUACGAGCAGAGAGAAAUUCAUACAGAGGAUGGUAAUCUGGGAAACAGUGGUGGAACUUUCUCCUUGGCCUCUGUAGUUUCAUUGACCAAACAGAUCAUGACAGAGAAGAACUUUCUGUGUUUUGUAACAAUGAACUUCUUCCAAGUCUUCCACCUAGCUUUUUACAACAAUUUUAUGAUGAUCUUUGCGGAUAAUCUUAUUCCUAAGGAUGUCCUGUCUUCCUCAGUAAGAAGUAUCAUGUAUGGAGCAGGUUUCAUUUGUCCUCAGUGCCUUGUUCUUCUCAGUCAUACUUCAUUGAAGAAGUUUGGUUAUUACAGAAUCAUCAUGUUUUCCUUUUACUAUGAAGGAGUAGCUGCUGCUGUCAUGUGUCUCCUAGGGCAAGAACACUAUUAUCUGCUGGCAUUCUAUGUUACAACAAACAUGGUAAUUGUGCAAGCUUCAUUUAGCUUGUUCAAUUUGCCUUUGGCAGAUAUUGUUGAUGCAGAUUUAAUAAAGCACAAGAGGAGGUUACCACUUUCCUCUAUGGUUUUUGGUACCAAUGCUUUAUUUACCAAGCCUGCCCAAUCUUUGGCUCCAAUGGUUGUGGUUACAAUACUAAAUCAUUAUGGCUAUUAUAACCUGAAUAAUGUACCUGGUCAUCCUGAUAUAAGCAGGUCAUUUUUAGACCUCCAUGAUGCCAUGUUCUACCUGGUCUGUCUGGUUCCCCUCUGCAUUGCAGUCCUACAGAUCCUGACCUGGACUCCCUUUUCCAUCCAGAACAGCCACCUGGCAGCUCCACAGUAAAUAUGGAACCAGUGGUCAGUGUAUCUCCUGCUGAACCACAAGAGUUGAGUAAAUUUUUCAUGUGAGAAAGCAAAAUUGCAAGUUGAAACACAGUUUGAGCUGUUUCUGUAAAGCUGUAUUUUCAGUCUCUAUGAGUCAGGUUCAGCAUUAAGGCUGAACCUACACAAGCUUUUCCUAGUUAAUUUGCUUUCUGUUAAUGGGUUUUAUCCUUAAUUACUUUAUUUAAAGUAAUUUCUGGUACAUAAUGAUUCCUGUUAACUCAUUUGAAGAAAGGAUAUGGCGGAUCAGGGAAAGGGAUCCCAACCCAGCACCUGGAAUUCAAGGGAACUGUAUUUUCUGAAGCUUACUAGUGGAUUAAUUUUGCCAUACUGAUAAAAUGGCAGAUCCCAGUGGACAUCCCUCAUGGAUGGCAGGGAGAUGAAGAGAAAAAUUUAGAUGGUGUCUAGCUGGCCAGUAUCAAGACAAAUCUGACAGCUACCAUGGGAAGAGCCAAGAGUAAUUAACUACCCUGUAAAAGUCUGUGUAAGGCUAAAGAAGAAAAGGAUUCAGAUGCUGUUCAGUAUUGCUCAAUAAGGAGAAAUCUCUGUAAAUCCUCACUGGCUUUCCAAAUCUCUGCUUGGUGGAAGAUCAGUGCAGUUUUCUGGCUUUAAGUGGGAAAAUAAUUUUGAAGGUAUCCUAUAGUUAGUGCUUCAUACAGAAUGUCAGUGUGGCAAGGACAGCAUUAGUCUGUGGAUGUAGGGUUCAGCUGUUGGACAAAUGUAAUCACACACAGUUACUAAACCAAGCUCUACCUGUUCAGUGGUGUUACAUUGGUAAACUCAUUUGGUGUGUGACAAUUUAAUUUCUGAAUCAUCAAGUAGAAGUUAGUUAAUUUCUGAUUAAUUCUUACCAGUUUAGAUUUUAAAUUAAUCCUGUGAUUUUUAUAAAAUAAAGGGUUUUUGACAAAAUUUCAGAAACAUUGAGUCCUCUUCAUUUCAUAUGUUGUAAUGAUAAGACACAUGAGCAUGUUUACAGUACUUCCAUUUAAUCAAUAUUAUUCUUUCACCAUUAUAUCCACAGUGUAAUUGUGCAGUGAUAAAUACCUUUAGCAUAAUAAAAUCACUGCAUUUUGUAUUUUGUUUUGCCUGGGCAAACAGUUUUAAUAACACCUUUCUUAGGGAGUGCUACAUGAAAGAUUAAGAACGCUGUGUGGAUCCUAGUUUUAAAAGGCUGAGCCAGCUGAUUUUUAAGGAUCUAUACUUACUGUGACUGGUAACUUGGAAAAGACAGGAGUGUAAGAAAUGGCUCUGCAUUGUGAUGGACACCAGCAUAAUUUAAUGAAGAAGUUUGAGAUCUGAAAUACCAGAGUUGACAAAAAUGUUCAUUUGUGCCUCAGCUUUUACAUUUGCAGAGCAGAAAUAAAAUAAUUUCCCUUCA